GAUUUUAUCGAUACCUUAUCAGAAUAGGUACAACCCUUGCCAGGUUCUUCAAUAUCACAUACAGGACUGGAGAUAACCACGUUGUGACCGAGAAAAGGAAGCUCAAUAUCAGUAAACCUUAUCUAAGAUAAGACACACUUGGUGACCUACUGAGGUGGUGUUUUAGUACAGAGGCCAUGAUGAUAUCUGGAAUUACGACAGUUUUUUUUACAUUUGCUGUUGUCUCAGAAGGCCACCAGAGGAGGUUUCUUUUCGGACCAGAAGGUGGAACAUCUCUUGAAAGCGCUUUACCAGAAGAAUGUGUAUAUCUGUCGGAGUUUGAAGAUGUUCUUGCAAUAGCCAACGGGUGGAUUAAAACCGGAGAGUAUUUGUAUUCUGAACUACUCAGGAUACGGAUUAGGGAACUGGAAUAUGUCACUCUGGAUAAUAUUGAAAACGGGUACAGAUACCUACUACAACAAUGGAAAGGUAACAGAUCCACAGAAUUCCACGAGGCUAUUGUGAGCAUCGAAUACACAAACCAAUACCGUCAUACAAUAUGUCUUAGGAUGCUGGAGUAUCUCCUUAACACAUUUCUGAAACAACAUCAGGGUAAUGUUUGUGCACAAUAUCUUCGCCUGCCAAGUAAAGAGCGUGGUCCUAAUCCCGUCAAGUGUUCUCCUGUGCAAACGGCACUCACCACAACAGCAGUGCCAACAUCAACUACAGUAGCGCCAACAUCAACUACAGUAGCGCCAACAUCAACUACAAAAGCGCCAACAUCAACUACAGUAGCGCCAACAUCAACUACAGAAGCGCCAACUACAGCAGCGCCAACAUCGACUACAGUAGCGCCAACAUCAACUACAGUAGCGCCAACAUCAACUACAGCAGCGCCAACAUCAACUACAGUAGCGCCAACAUCAACUACAGAAGCGCCAACUACCGCAGCGCCAACAUCAACUACAGUAGCGUCAACAUCAACUACAGCGUCAACGCCAACAACGCCAACAAAAACAACAUCAGCACGACAGCCAACAACUACAGCAAAGCCAAAAACAUCACCACAGACAACGAAACCAAUCCCCAGAACUACCGCACAGCCAACAACAGCAACAACUACACCAGUUCCUACAACGAUUGCGUCAACGCGAACGACACAGCAGACUACAUCGCCGACGACGAUAAAUCCGAAUUUGUCAUGCGCAGUAUGUAACAACGGGGACUGUAAAUACAACGACACAGAUUUACUGUCCUGUCCCCACCCCGAUCAGUAUUGUCUGGUCAGAAUCAAUGACAAACCGGACUCACGAACUGUUGUCCGGAGGUGUGUGGAUAAGGCUUUCUGUGAACAGGACUACCGGACUAAUGGCGGGUACAAGUCAUUCUGUUUCAUGGCCGAUGACGGGGCAUUCGGCUUCAGCUACGAAUGUAACUUCUGUUGUAUUACAAACGCUUGUAAUUUAGGUCCGAAUUUAAUUCCGAUUCAGAACACACUUUAUCAAGGCAACUAGUGUGAAUUGUCUUCUGUAAAAAAAUAUUGCAAAUCUUAAAGGAAAUAAAAGACACUUAUCUAAAGUAGUUUGCAUUAACAUUACUGUAGCGGACACUUAACUUACUUUCUCAAAUUUUAAAUACAAUGUUCCAUAUUUUAUCAAAGAAAGAAUAAAAAAACACCAAGACGUAU